UUGGCUGUUGCCCGGGUUGUACGUAGUUGUCAUUUUACUAUAGUGGUGUUUGUUGACGAUUUCGCAUACGAUUUUCGUGACAAAGUGAUGUAUGUGUAAAGGACUGAGUGAAGGGAUUUUUUGACAGUCAUUGACCUUGAGAAUUAAAUACAAAAUGGGCAACGAAGAGAAAAAAGGCAGCAUCGUGCUGGAGAACUUUAAUUCCACAGCAAAUUUAGCGACAAACCCAGGCUUCCAGUCAACACUAAGUUUAGGAUCAAAAGAAGUGAUUAAUGAGAAGGCCUACAACCCAUUUGAACAUAGAAAAGUGGAGCACCCUAACUCAACAAUUGGUUCGUUGGUGCAUCUACUAAAAUCUUCACUAGGAUCUGGUAUCCUGGCUAUGCCUGCUGCCUUCAAAAAUGCAGGUUUAGCAGCUGGAGCGAUUGGGACGCUAGUCGUCGGAUUCAUUUGUACACAUUGUGUUUAUGUUUUGGUUAAAACUUCCCAAGAAGUAUGUGUGGACGCUAAGAAGCCCUCGAUGGGCUUCGCAGAGACCUGUGGAGCAGCUUUCGAGUAUGGACCUAAAAGAUUACGGCCGUGGGCCAAUUUCGCCAGAACUUUCGUGGACUACGCGAUGACCUGUACAUACUUAGCAGCGUUAUGUGUCUACAUCGUGUUCAUUGCAGAAAACUUCAAAGAGGUCCUAGACGAGUACAUGCCAGAAUACAAGCUAUCAGUGGAAGCAUACUGUGCAUUGACACUAGUCCCACUGGUGCUAAUCUGCCAGAUCAGGAACCUCAAGUGGCUUGUACCAUUCUCGGCGAUAGCCAACGUGUUCCUGGUGAUUUGUUUCGCCAUCACCAUGUAUUACAUCUUCAGUGACUUGCCGAAACCUGAGGGAAGGGUGGUGGUGGCUAGUGUGACGCAAUGGCCUUUGUUUAUCAGUACAGUGAUAUUUGCAAUGGAAGGCAUUGGUGUGGUGAUGCCAGUUGAGAACGAGAUGGCCAAACCUCAACAGUUCCUCGGCUGUCCUGGAGUACUGAACGUGGCUAUGACCAUUGUUAUCUCUCUAUAUGGCAUCGUUGGGUUCUUUGGUUACAUGAAGUAUGGAGACGAUGUCAGAGGGAGUGUCACUUUGAAUCUGCCUCAGGAUGAAGUGCUCGCUCAGAGUGCAAAGAUCCUGAUGGCGUUAGCAAUCCUGUUCACCUACAGUCUACAGUUCUACGUACCCAUGGAAAUGAUCUGGAGACAGCUAAAUGAAAAGAUCUCUGUGAGAUACCACAACAUCACACAAAUCUCUAUUAGGACCACUGCAGUUGUUGGUUCAGUUGCCCUCGCAGCGGCUUUCCCUGACUUGGAGCUGUUCAUCAACUUGAGUGGUGCCAUCUUCCUCUCAACCCUCGGUCUCCUCACACCAGCGGUCAUCGACACUGUCCACAAAUGGGACAGAGGGCUUGGACCCUUCAAAUGGAUUCUCUGGAAGAACUUGUUCAUUGCCAUGAUUUCUCUCAUCGCCCUCUUUGCUGGUUCUUACACGUCCAUCAGGAGUAUGGUCGACAAGUUCUAUAGUACUCCUGUUCUGGAAGUAGUAGCUAAUGUAACAAGCAUUACCAUGAAUGAUACUAUGACCGUGUGAUUAAUUAUAAAAGGUCUAAUUUAGGUGACUUUGAAUAACUAGAUUAAAAAUCUUUAGGCAAGUUUAAGAGACAGUUAAUUAUGCUAAACAAGCUUAAAUGUUUAGAUUUUCAUUGAAUUCAAUUGAGUCACUUCUAUUAACUUUCUGUCUUGGCUGUCACAGGCGAAUUAAUGUGCCUUGAAGUUAAUGCUAAAUGUAUCUAGAUUUUUAAUCAUCUUUCGUAUAAAUGGAAACUCCGUCCGUUUUUCUUUUCACUCGCAGAUAACAUUCCAUUUUUAAACUACUUAUUAGGUUUUUAGGGCUUAUAGCUAAAGUAGUCUAAUGGACUAUAAACUCGCAAAUUAGGUUGUGAUUAUAAAUUACAAAAUGACCUAAGGUAUCGACGUCUGUCUAAAAACUUUUUACUUUUCAUGUACAAUUGACUACGCGAUUUCUUCUUUACACAUUGUGUUGUCUGUAAACAAAUCUACAGAUUUAUUAUUAUUUUUAUUUUUGACAACAUGAUUUCUACCAGUUUCUAAACACAAUUUAGCUCAUAUUUCUUCGUCUACAAAUAUUUUAUCGAUUACCUCGAAUGGGCUCUCUUGUAGGCAACAAAAGGUUUGCCUACCUACGAUUAUUGAUUUCGUUUAUCCAAUUAUGACAUAAUACAAUUUAGUGAUAUAGAGGUAAAAAGGACGUGAUAGUUGCAGAUAGUGUUUGUGAAGAAGUAUUUUUUAAAUAAAAGAAACACAAAUAGUUAUAAGUACUAUUAAUUAAACAGACUUCCAGUAAAGGGAGGUUCUUGUUACUCGAUUAAAAAUCAAACGAAUUUUUGUAAUAAGUGAACUAAUAUUAGACUACACCUAAAUGUAUACUAACUAUUAUGUUGUAAAUGAUUGUACAAGUGUCCAUACAUAAUUUAACAUUAGGUAUUAUUUGCCAAGUUACGUUUAGUUUUAAAUUAAGUGACCUUAAGGAUAUAUAAGUAUUUUCGUCUAGUUGUAUGUUGUAGUAAUACAUUUUUGUUUUGUUGAGUUUAGGAGAUAUCGAUUUUAAAAUAAGGAUCGCUUUUAUUUUGAAGCGAGGUGGUGAUUCCCUUCAUAAUUUUGAGUUCAUUAUAAUUUCAAGCAAUAUACACAUCACAGUACUUCAAUCACAAUUUAAAGAUAGCUUCUUUGUUAACUACUGUUUUUAUAGAAAAUAAAUAAUUAUAUUUUUCUCUGUCUCUUAAGAAGAUAUCAGAAUACUUGUCUUCUAAAGCAUGCCUCUUGCUCCUAUUUUUCUUUGACUUUUCAUUUAAAAUAUAUCUACAUCACAGUUACCAGUUAAUACAAUAAUAUACAAUAGGUUUCAUUUACUUAUCUUUAUGUACCAUUUCACGAGCCUUAUGAGAAAAUAAUAUUUAUAAUUUAUUCCUGAAUAAAAUUCUGAGAUUAUUAUGUAA